AUGCUUAGCACACUUGCUUUGAAGUUUUGCCAUCAGAUUCUUUUUGAUCCGAAAUUCUUGAUAAGAAAAGAAUUCAAGUUUAAAAAACUACCAAUUAUUGUCAGAAUGUUGAUAAUGCAAUUAAUGGAUCCAGCUGAACGAUUCGCAUUGAGUCUCACUUCGAAACGAAUGGAUACUGAAGUGAAAUUAAUCAAAAAACAAUAUUAUUAUCCUCAAAUAAUUUUUUUCAAUAGAGCUUCGUAUAUACAACUGCGGGGAGAGGCAGGUUUUCAAAUAUGCUGUUACUCGCGAGGAUAUAAGAAGGUAGUUGGAGGAUAUCACCGGCUACAUUACAAUAAAGCGACACUAAUUGAAAACACAGCUCUAGCUAUCAACAAAAUGUCCGGUGUUUUUAAUAUGGACGGUCUCGAAAUGGUGUUCACCAAAGUAACUCCAAGUUUGAUACGUCUCAAAGAUAUAUUCUCCAAUGACACUUUCAAAUCAUCUUGGGACAAAAUUACAUUACAUGAAAUUGUAUUGAACUCAGAGAUUGUCAACUUCUUUUUGAAUAUGGCGGAUCGUCGUAAAGAAUUUCACAUUUUCGGUUGUGACAUGCCACUGGAUUUCAAGCAUGAAAAUGCUUUCAAAUUUCGAACCAAUGAUUACGGUGAUGCACGAUGGGUCACUUUGAAUGACAUGCUCAAAAUCAGAGGUGUGGAAAAUGUGUCAUUGUACAGGACCACACUAUCUUCGAAUCAUGUGAGAUAUUUCAUUGACCGUUGGAUUAAUUGUCAAGAAGAUAUGUUCUUAUGGAUGCAGGUCAGAGCGGUGGAAACUAUUCAGUUGGGAGGAGGACUAUUCAACGAAUUGGUUGUGUUGGAACAUCAUAUCAAUCCUACAAACAUGAGAUACUUUAUACUUGCCAAGUCCACUUCGCGAGCCUACAAACUGUUGUCUAUUAACCAUGAUGUAGAUUAUGUGGUACUAACUGCAUGGAAGCCAUAUGAAAAUAUCCAGGAAAAAUUCAAAAACGUUUAUGAGAUUAUGGAACUGUUGGAGAAAGAGAAAACAUUGGAAAAGGAAUUUGAAGAGACAACAAAUGCAACGAAAUGGAGGGAAUACAGCAAUCAAAUCCAGGAACUGGAAAGAAAGAUUCAUGAGUUGGGAGUGGUUUAUCGAGAUGGAAGAGCUACUAUUUGA